UGUGAUUCAGAACAGGGGGUUGUAAAACCAGGAAUCUCUUGUGUAGACUGGAGUCUUUACCCAUUGUUCCUCACUCUACCUUGGAUUAUUUUUGCUGUUGAUUGGGGACUUUUGGAUGGCACUAGUCUGGGUGAAAGGGUUUGCCAGCUUUGGGCAAGGUUUAGGCGGUGUUUAUCCGGGACAAGAGUGAAGAGAGGGAGAAGAAGGGAGGAGAAGGAGGGAGGAUAGUCAUUUUUCUUCAUCCUUCUUUUCUGCAGACUGCAGGCAUUUCCCUGAGAGAAUGGGGGCAGGAGCGCUCACCAUCUGUCACAACAAGGCUGCGGUGCAGAUCAAGCAAGACAUGAAGAAGAUGGUCCAGUUGCCCAUGCUGAGGGGGACCUCCAGGGGACCUCGAGGAGUGGAGGCCAGGGGCGGUAGGCUGUUCGGCGUGUCCCUGCUGGAGCUCAGGGAGCUGGGCCUCGUGAAGGAUGGCGUGCCCCUGGUGGUGCGGAGAAUGGUAGAGUUCCUCCGAGAACAUGCUCUUCAUCAUGAGGGUCUGUUCAGGGUCAACGGUAACGUACGGGCGGUGGAGGGGCUGAAACUGCGGCUGGAGAACGGUGAGGACGUGGACUUCCUGGUUGAGGCGGAUGUGUGUACAGUGGCCAGCUUGUUCAAACAGUACCUCAGGGACCUGCCAGAAGGCCUGGUAGACUCCACCGUACAGCCUGCCCUUAUACAGCAGCACCAGGAGUCCAGUGAGGAUGGUUUCUGCUCAGACCUGAGGGUCUUACUCCACCAGUUGCCAGACGUCCACUACAGCCUCCUACAGUACCUCUGUCUCUUCCUCACCCAAGUGGAUCAGCGCCACAGGGAGAACCGCAUGACCGCUCUCAAUCUGGCAACUGUCUUCGGCCCCAAUGUCUUCCAUGUGUCCUCUGGGUUCGAUGGGAUCCAGGAGCAGAACAUCUGUAAUAAGAUCAUGGCAAAGCUGAUCCAGAACUACAGCAGCAUAUUCAACAACAACUACCAAGAUGACGACCAUAAAGAAGAGCACUGUGUCUUCAAUAGAGAUGGAGACAGAGGAGAACACAUACAGGAAUCUCUACCCUCUAACAUCAUCAUUGUUAAAGAGGCCAAGGAGACCCCGGUGAAUAGGACAGAUACUGAGUCACCGAAAACACCCGGAACCACACCAAGCACUGCCACACACACUCAAAAGACACCUAUUCCAGUUCCCAGAAAGAAAAAGAAUGCUUCCAACAGUCCACCAGAUGACACGAAGUCCUCAAAAGAACUAUCCAAUGAAAAUCCAAUCAUAACUCCAAGGAAAAAGAAGGUGAGGAAAGUAAAGCGCGAGACAGCGACGGUGCUCCGAGCCGCGCCCCUUCCCAGUCUCUCUCCUGGGCUGCCCUAUGUGAGGCCCCUGGUCCUACCCGUUCCCCUGGCCCCGGAGGUGAGGAGCCCCAGCCCUGAGAGGAUGGAGCUGACCCCACCGGGGGCCCCACAGGACCCUCGGGGACCAGCCACGGACGCCUGGGACGACAUCGCGGUCAAGACCACGGAGGUUCUGAACAGCUCCCAAGAGGAAGACAGCAGACCCAUAUCUCCUUUCUACAUAAGCAACCACCUCUCAUCUGUCCAGUGUAGAUCUGACCUGACUAAUAUUCUGGAGAGGACCAUCAGGUCGGCAGUGGAGCAGCAUCUCUUCGAUGUGCACAUGUGCGGAGGAGGUCAAAGUACGACGGAGGAUUCCGAGUCGACCGGGUGCUCCUCGUCGCCCGAGGUAACCCCGACGGCACGGCAGAGACGUCGGCACCAGAGGGAGCAGGAAGAGGCUCAGAGACACCGGGACAGGAGCAGAUCAUCGUCUCUGAGGGAAAGAGACAUCAACAAGGAGAACAUCCCAGCGGUCGGCAGCGUUAGCGUAGCUAGCAGCUGUGGCGUUAGUGUGGGUGAGGAAGGAGUCAGGAGGGACUACCAGACUAGCCAGGGAGGGCUCCACCACGAGGGCCCCAGACCCAGGAAGCCUAAACACUGCCACCAGAGCCCCACGCUUGGCCAGCUUAGUGACAACCAGGACCCCCACGCGCUAAAAGAAUGCAUGUCAAGAGUACAUGACAAACCCGGGACAAACAACAUGGAGUCAUCAGAUAACCGAAAUGACAGUCAAAGAAAGGACCCCAGUCUUCCUCUAACUCCUUCAUGGACACGACUCAGUAGUAUGAAGAUCCAGGAGCUGCCUAGUAGCUGUGAAACGGCCGACAGGAGGGGGGUCAUCGUCCGGAGUUCGGACCAGGAAUGCAGCGAGGAAGUACCCCGCUUGGACCUGUCGGUGCUGACCGACGAUAACAACUGGGGAGAUUCCCUAUUCUUUAGCGCUCCGUUCCUUGAUUUCAAAAGUGUUUUCCAGUCGAGUUAUUAUGAGGAGCCAGUCCCGGCCUACUCGUCGUGGCAACGGGAGAGCAUGGACAGCGAGGAGGCGUGCAUUUCGCCCCAAGUGGGGGGCCGCCUGAUUCGCCAGCUGAUUGAAGAGGACAGCGACCCCAUGCUGUCCCCCCGUUUCCACGCCUACGGUCAUUGCCAGCAGUACAUAGAUGACACUGAGGUGCCACCCUCGCCGCCCAAUGCACACUCCUUUGCCAGUCGGAGGAGGAGUUCCUCUCUGGGCUCCUGCGGUGACGACGACCAGCAAGAGCUGACCUCAGCCCAGCUCUCCAAGAAGAUCCACGGUCUCAAGAGGAAGAUCCACAAGUACGAGGAGAAGUUUGAGGAGGAGCGCAAAUACAGGCCCUCACACAGUGACAAGGCUGACAACUCAGAGGUCCUGAAGUGGAUGAAUGAACUGGCCAAGCUCCGCAAAGACCUGAAAGAGCACAAGCUCCACAAGUCUGAGGAGGACCUCCCUCCGCUGACCCGCCAGCGCAGCAACACCCUGCCCAAGAGCUUUGGCUCCCAGCUGGAGAAGAAGCCCCAACAGGAGAAGGCGCCCAAGCCCCCGGUAGAGAACACCCUGGAGGGCGUCCAGAACAAGCUGCAGGAGAAGAGGGACGAGGUGGGGCGCCCCGAGGACGUCAAGGAUAUGACCCGGGAGCAGAUCGGCGCUGAGAAGGUGGCCUUACAGAAGGCUCUCCUGUACUACGAAGGCAUCCACGGUAGACCGGUUACCAAGACUGAGAGACAGAUCAUGAAGCCCCUGUACGACAGAUACCGCCUGGUCAAACAGAUCCUCUGCAGAGCUUCCACCAUCCCCGUCAUUGCCUCCCCCUCCAGCAAACGCAGAGGUCCUCAACUUCAGCCCAUUAUCGAGGGCGAAGCCGCGCUCUUCUUUGACGACAUCAAGGAAGAGGAGGAUGGCUCUGAGGAUGACUCUGAGUCCAACAACAAGCCCCAGUGCCAGAUCACAGGGACAGUGCGUCCAGACUUCAGUAUGCUGGGCUUCCUGGACCAGCUGGAGGAGGAGACGGACGGCUUCAUCUCGCCCGUCGACGAGCUCUCGCCCUCCAAGAACACCACCGACAUGCGUCUGUCCAACCUGCAUUCGGCCACCAUGCCGGAACUAGUGGAGCAGCUACAAGAGGCCCGGGAGGAAAAAAAGAGAAUCCGCAAGAACCUAAGAGAGUUUGAAGAUCAAUUCUUCAGGCAAAACGGCAGAAACGUGCAGAAGGAAGACCGCUCUCCUUUGGCGGUAGAGUAUAACGAAUACAAGCACAUCAAAGCCAAGCUUAGGCUGAUAGAGGUUCUCAUCAGCAAAGGAGAUGCCUCUAAGUUCCUCUAAAGAAAAUAAAACAUCACAGACUGACAGAGGAAUGAAUGAGGCUCAGUCUCAAUAAGAGAUGAACCACACCAGCCCAUGGAAAGGAAAACCAUCCAUAGCAAAACAGAUACACCUCAUCAUCCCUCACAAUAUUUGUAUUUUCUUUCUUGUGCCAAUUGUGCCAUAGACACAUUUGGCUUCAGGAGAUGCCAGCAUGUUGCCCCCUGAUUAAUCCCAACUGUAGAAGGGAAACGGUAUGGCUUAGUUACUGACCUGAGAGGUGUUGGAACUGACAUGUGUAGGUGCUGCCUCGGAGGCUACUCCAUCUUGUCUGUUUCCCUCGUAUAGAAGAAGAACCCCGGAACUCAAAAUGUCGGGCAUCUUUGAAUGAAUACUAACCUAACGUAGCAGGCCUUAAAAGACGCCUGAGCAGAGUCCCCACAUCGGUUUUUCAGGGGAAGUGGAGGAAAAUACUGUAUCCCUGAAAACCGGAAACAUCCGCAUUUUCCUGCCUUCGCAGAGAGUGGACCAAAACCAACCUUUUUUCAAAGGAAGAUUUUUUUUAAACAUUUUUGUGCAUCUUGAUAUUGAUUGAUACCAAGAUCUACCCUACAUUGAAUAGUCAUCACUAAUUUAAAGGAUACAUUUACGAAGUGUUGUAUUGAUUUAAUUUAUUUUUCUUCCUUUGAAUGUUUAUAUGGUAGUUCAUAUAGACUUUUAUAUUGGAUUUUUAAAAAGUCUUAAAAUGUGGAGUAUAACAUUAGAUUUUGAAUUAUGUACUUUAAGGUAUUGCCAUUUUGAGAAACAAGAUUUUGUAAUCAGACAAAUUAAAUGAGGGGAUUGUGUAUUUUUGUAAGGGAGACAGACAGUUACAAUCUGCUUGCAAACAACCAAUCAGAGAACCAGUCUAGCAGAGUUUAGCCAAUGGAUGGAUUUUUUUAAAUGUAACUCAUGAUUGGUGCCAUAUGCCACAUUCAUGUGUAAGUCGGAAAUAGGAAACUCUGAAAUAUCCGAAUUGCAAACUGGUUGAACGCUGCACAUGUAUAACUACAACCAGUUAGCAAGUCGAACAUUUCCGACGUUCCUAGUUCCGACUAGCACGUGAACGUGGCAAUAAUCUCGACGUUAACCUAGGAAAAACAGUUGUCGUCAUCAUCAAUGCUUAUAUUUGUUUGUUUCCAGAAAUGGUGUGUAUUUUUAGCAUAACUAUGAGGAAAUGUCAGAGGAGCGUACAUUUGUUUAAACUGAGAACUAGAAUACAAAACAAAUAGUCUAUGAUGUGUUAUUAUGAUCCAAAGAAAAUGACUGAUUGCAUACCAAAAUAGUGUAGUGGAUCAAUGUAUACAAUUUAAUUAAUUAUUGUGAUCAUAUUCAUCAGUCACUUAUGAAUUUGACUGCUUGUAUAUUAUUUUGCAUUGUUGUGUUUUAUCUUUUCCUAUUCACUUUGUGUGAAAAUAAGCUAUCCUGUCUUGAAAUCAGUGGUAUAUUUUUGCUUGCACUUUUCAACACCGACAAGGGCCAUUUUGUGUGGAACAUCCAUCCUUAAAGAAAAGUCCCAAUAACUAUCAAAAUGGCCGCCAAUACUCAACCAAGGCAUGCUUUCUUUCUCUAUGUAGGUAUUUUAUCAUAGCCUAUUUGUUCCUUGUAAAUAUGGAUCCAGAUCUAUGUUUACAUUGCUAAGUGAGCAAGUACAUUUUUCCUUUUUCUCCAAAAUGGAUCAUUUUAACAGUGACUUUCGUUUUUAUUGAAUGUAAAACACUGGUGGACAUAAUUAAUUAUGGGUGUGUACAUUUUAGUACAUAAAUUGUAUAUGUAUUUUGUAUAUAUAAUAUAAAACCAAACAUAUUUUUACUGAG